AUGCCGUCAUUACCGGCAUAUCCAUCUUCUCUCCAACAAUUUAUCGAUAGCGCCGACGCACCAACCUUCGUUCUUGACUUCCGACUACCGCAGUACCUAAACGAGCCAUCCGAAGCGACAAUUUUUGAAACAUCAGUAUCGCGAAAUGAAGCUUGCAAACUUGAAAGGUUCAAUGGUUCCGUAGAAGCAUUACUGGCGCAGAGGUUGGAGAAUGGAGCAUUGAACCCGAAACUUCAAGCUCGAGAUCCCGUUAUUGGAAUACAUACGAAAAGACAUACGAUCGGGCGGGAUAUAUGGACUUGUUCUAGCGUAGGGCCGUAUAGAAUAUGGACACUUCAGUUGGAUGAGGAAUCGGAGGAUGGUAUAACUCCAAAGAGCCAUAAUAUAACGGAGAGUCGACAAGUUACAUGUACCUGCACUUCAGCGAACGGUGAAGCCCCUGGGACGUCUCGGGAACAGCAGCUUUUUAAUAAGUUGGAUCAUAUCCAAGGACCCCUAAAAGCUUUCUACCACUUAGCCGACCAAGCUCUCUCCGAUGUUCAAAGGGUUAUAAAAGACUCGGAACCUUCUAACCCUUCAAAAAGUCAAGACAUAAUCUCCAAUCUCCACCCAAUAGAGCUGAACUUAAGAACCCUUUCCUCAGGUCUUUCCCUCCUUAGAGACCUCUCAGAUAUCUCCUCCUAUACCCCACCCCCAAAGGAGCCUCCCACUCCAAAAGAAGCUCCGUCAGAUCAAGCCCUUCUUUCCAAAAUCCUUGGCCGUGUCCAUGCAAUACCUAGCAACACGAGUCCAGCGUAUCACGGUACCUCCAGCAUUCAAGAUUACAAAAUCCCCCCAAAUCUAGAAGCUCACACCCCCACCCUUCGCGCCCUAAUUGUCGAGGACAACCUCGUAAACUCAAAAAUCUUUACAAGGCUUGCGCAAAAGCUAGGAGUUUUACCUGAAUACAUCACACCGGCUUUUAACGGCGCCGAGGGGCUAGAAAUAAUCGAAAAUAUGGUGAAAAGAGGACAGUUCCCGGAUAUCAUACUGGUGGAUCAUGCGAUGCCAGUUAUGGAUGGUAUGGAGUUUUUAAAACGCUACUGGGCACGGUGGCCUGGCGCGAGAGCAAGGGUUUUAGGAUUGACGGUUCAUCAGAUUGCUGGUAGACCUAGCCCGAUGGAAAAAAUGGGGGUGAAUGGGACAAUUCAGAAGCCUAUGAGGUGGCGGACUCUCCAAUAUGAGUUAGAACGGGCGGCGACGCUGAAGAUGACGAGAGAAAUUGAGUUUCGAGGGAAGCUAUAA